GUGGUGAAUGGCAGCAAGUUAAAGGCCGUUUCCUGGCCGUCAACGUGACUUCCAUGAGCAGCGCCUGCCCCAAGAGCCCGGAGGGUCUGUCCCCCUGCGCCCACCUGGCCGACGGAACUGCCGACCUCAUCCUGGUGCGCGAAUGCUCCACCUUCUCUUUCCUGCGACACCUGACAAGGCACACCAACUCCUCGGACCAGUUCGACCUGCCCUUUGUGAGUGUGCACCGGGUCCGGGCCGUUCGCUUCACCGCCUCGAAAGCGGGAGACUGUGAGGACAGAGAGCUGCGGUCGCGGAAGGGGCUCUGCGGGGGAACGUGCCAGGGAGAAUCGCCGCUCAGCUGCUGGACCUGCGACGGAGAGACCUUGGACCAUGCGGACGUCAGCAUUAGAGUGCACGGGCGGCUCAUCCACCUCUUUGCCCGGGGCAUUGAGCGGGCAUCCUGUGUGCCCUAGGGGACCCUCUAUGAGGAACUGAGAGCUAAAGACCAGCAC